UAUAUAAUUGAAGCGAAACUACAUGCUUAGCACAAAAACGCAAGUUUUCAACAAGAGAAAACAUGUACGGUUGUGUCACAUUGUUAGGUUUUUUCGUCUUGCAAACGCAUGCUUCAGAACUUCCACUAUGGCACAUGAAGCCUUUAGGCAGUCACAUCGAAGCGAAUAAGGUCGACGAAACUUUCGCUGAUGGGAUUAUUUCACCGGAAGACUUUGCAAAGAAGUACGUAAUUCCAAGGAAACCCCUCGUGUUUCGAAACGUUGUGAAAUCCUGGCCUGCUUACAAAUUAUGGACGGAUGAAUAUUUAACAGAACGAUAUGGUGAUAUGGAAAUGCGACUUGAAGGAAAGAAAGAAAAGGGUGGCAGAAUACCCGUCGGUGAUGUUUGUUUAGGUCGAGAUCACCUAAAGACAUUUUUGAACGAAUACAGACAAGGUGCAGAUAAAUACGUCGUCUCUGAUCUGCCCACACCCAUGUGGAAUGACGUGCACGUGUUGCCCAGUAUGUCGUGCGGCGAAUUCUUCACAAACUACGUCGAAAUUGAUAUCUGGAUCAACAGUGACUUAGGAAAGAAAGGAAAGGGGGGAAACAGCAUUCUUCAUAAGGAUGCUUUUAAUACCGUCAACUGUGUAGUGAAUGGUACGAAGGAGUGGAAACUAAUUGAGCUGAAAUAUAACGAUUACGUUUACCAGAGUUGGGAAGGACCAAUGGAUGCAGGAUAUGGUGGAUUCUCUCUAAUUAACCCUGAAAAGGUGGAUGCUAAAAGAUAUCCUGAUAUUGGUAAAAUACCUGAAUGGCAGUUUACAACAAUCAACGCAGGCGAUUGUCUCUACCUACCAAGUCAAAUGUGGCAUCAGGUGAAAUCGUAUGGGGAAUCUAACAAAGCCAUUGCCUUCUUAUUCUCCCAGUUUAACGAACGGAAAAACAUCAAUACCAGCGAAUGUCCUGAAAAAGUGGUUUCUAUUCCUUUGUCAGAAGUCGAUGUCGACUUGCAGUAUCCAGGCUACGGAAUAAUGCCCAUGGGUAAUUCUGAAAUUUCUGCGAUCAAACAGGACUUACCACAAUUAAUCAACGCAACAACCGGAUAUGUAACAAAACGAAGCACGUUCCAGGUGGUGUACCAAGGACACGAAAGUGGCGCAAAAAACAAAGAACUUAUGGUCCAAAAAGCUAAGAACAUGUACGCUUAUUUACUGGACAUAGCUGGUGGAGAUAAAGAAAAAAUGACAACAGAGUUCCUUCAGAAUUUGACACGUGCUCAAAUUCGACCGUUAUAUCCCUGGUUAUUUCCUAUCGAGCCAGCUGGAAGUUACAAUCACGAAUAUUCAGUAUUGUUGCCAGAAGAUUUAACUGACACAAUUGAAAACAUAAAAAGUAACAACAAUGGUGUUUUGCAGAAGAAAGACUUUUUAAAAGUAUACCAAGACAUAGGCGGUACUUUGAAGUUCGCGGAAAAUUUCUGGCAAAAACUUGCUGGAGAUAAAAACGAAAUUUCAGAUACGUCAAAGACUAUUGCAGACGCAUUGGCGCCGUACGAGUAUCAUCGUCGCGAAGAUCCAGACCGCGAGGUAGAAGAUGAUGAUGCUGUGAUCGUCACACCACAAGGGCACAAGUCGCAACCGAAAAAAAUGAAAGGAGGUUACGCGCAAACAAAAGAAGAAGAAGAAGAAGAACCUGAAGAAAGUUAUGAAGAAUACGAAGAAAUCGAAGAUGGUGACGUCCCCGACGACGUUGAUGAAGAAAUGGAGAUUGACGAUGAGAAAGAUCUGCCAAAAAUGAAAAUCGAAUUGUAAUUUUUUUUGUACUUCUUUGGAGCUUGAUAAAUUUCUUGAAA